UAUACUUUGACCCUGCACUCAAAGCUGGUAGAAGUAAGACUGCUAGCUUCAAACACCAAGUUCAAGCACAAUUCUUCCUUUGCGUGCCCCGACCACUCGAGUGGACACUUCUUGGCGGAUCCCCUCAUCUCGUCGCCCAUCAUGAUGCACCCGUCGCGACAGGCGUACGUGGAGGAGGCGCAGGACAUGGACAUGGGCAUUGACCUGGCAAAUUUGCCCGUUGACCGAAAUUAUGACCUUCCCUCCGCGGCGGCGGGCAUCCCGCCGGAAAGAGCCUCUGCUAUCCUGUCCCAGUUCGAGCGCAAGAGGAGAGCUGCGGCGAUGGCGGUUCCCACUGAUGACACUCGAGUGCGCGCACGGCUUCGAGAACUAGGCGAACCGAUUACGCUCUUUGGGGAAGGUCCCGUGGAUCGCAGAGACCGCUUGCGCGAGUUGUUGACCGAUCUUGCGGAGCGACAGCAGGCUGCAGCCGCGGCCGAGGGCGAUGUGGAGAUGCGGGAGGGGACAACGGAGGCUGAAGAAGACGAGGAGGAGGCUGAGCAACAGGAAGAGUUUUAUACAGAGGGCUCCGAGGAGCUUCUCAAAACGCGGAAAGAGAUCGCGCGGUUCUCCCUUCCGCGCGCAAAGGCCCGUGUCGCCCGGCUGCGUGAAGAAUCGACUAUCCCUCUCCGAACACAUAUCAAACACCGCAAAGCGAUCAAAGAAAAGUUAAACAAGUUCGACCUCUAUGGCUCCCAGAUCGCAGGCGACCGGCCUGUCAGCAUUUGUCGCUUCUCCCCCGAUGGGCAGAUGAUCGCCACCGGAAACUGGGGAGGAGGUAUCAAGUUGUUGACAGUACCCAACCUGGAGGAGAAGUUCUCGGUCAAGGGACAUACGGACCGGGUGGGCGGGUUGUCUUGGUUCCCGGGUGCGACUUCUACCGCAUCGGAAUCGACUGUGAACCUGGUCUCAGGUGGUGGCGAGGGCAACGUGUGCUUGUGGGCACUGGACAAGGAGCAGCCGCUGGCGACGCUCUCCGGCCACAGUGGUCGUGUCUGUCGGACGGAAUUCCAUCCGUCUGGCCGAUAUGUAGCAUCCGCCUCCUACGAUACUACCUGGCGGCUAUGGGAUGUGGAAACGACAACAGAAUUGUUACUGCAGGAAGGUCAUUCGCGGGAAGUGUACGCAGUUGCAUUCAACAACGAUGGUUCGCUCAUGGCGAGCGGAGGUCUGGACAGUAUCGGACGUAUUUGGGAUCUACGAACAGGCCGGACUGUGAUGAUCCUGGAGGGCCACAUCCGGGAGAUCUAUGGUCUGGACUGGGGUGUGGACGGCUACCGGGUGUUGUCCGGGUCUGGAGACGGAUGGAUCAAAUGCUGGGAUUUGCGGCAAGUGCGCAACACCGGUGGAAUUGGCGCCCAUAAGAGCGUCGUUUCCGACUUGCGAUGGUAUAAGGGCGCCGAAGCAACGUCCAUCCUACCCUCGUCAGAGGGUCGCAUGGAGAUGGAUGGCGAGUCACCGGCCCCCAUACAGCCUAGGAAGUCGGGAACGUUCUUUGUGAGCAGUGGUUUCGACAAGAACGUCAACAUCUUCAGUGCGGAUGACUGGUCAUUGGUGAAGAGCCUCAGUGGACAUUCCGGCAACGUGCUCAGCACUGACAUCAGUGCGGAUGCGCAGUGGAUUGCCAGUUGUGGCCAUGACCGGACAGUAAAGCUCUGGGGGAUUGAAUGAGCCUGAGUGUACUAUAGGCAAC